AUGAGACAAUUGUUCGCUGGCGCAUCACCACGAGUGUGUAUAUCGUUUUGGCUUUUCGGAUUGAUAAACAACGUCCUCUACGUAAUCAUCCUGAGCGCUGCCCUCGACCUCGUUGGUCCAGACAUACCCAAAGGCGUCGUCCUGCUUGCCGAUGUCAUACCCAGCUUCAUCACCAAACUCGUUGCGCCAUAUUUCAUUCACCUCGUGCCAUAUGAGGUUCGCAUUCUCGCCUUUGCCGCUUUGUCGGCUGGUGGUAUGCUCAUAAUUUCUAUGACUCCUAGCUACGUCGAUGGAGGGACAACAGCUGCAAAAUUAGUGGGUGUGCUGUUGGCAAGUUUGAGCUCCGGUGGAGGAGAACUCAGCUUCCUCGGCCUAGUCCAUUACUAUGGUCCCUUCUCGUUGGCUGCUUGGGGUAGUGGUACUGGAGGAGCUGGACUGAUAGGGGCAGGAGCCUAUGCGCUAGCUACAACAUCGUUUGGACUGAGCGUCAAGAGCACACUGCUGGCUUCUGCAUUCUUGCCUGCAGUUAUGCUUGUCAGUUUCUUUAUGAUAUUACCUCUCGAGCCAUUGAAACACGGGCGCCGACUUGCUACAAUCAAGGACGACGAUGAUGAAACAAACACCCCAGAAAGAGAAGGCCUACUUGCGCCCGAGGAUCAGGACCUGGGCAGCCUGUCAAACAGACGCAGGAAGAGUAGCGGUUGGGUACUCUUCAAGCGAAACUUGACCCGCGCACAAUCCUUGUUCUUCCCCUACAUGCUGCCCUUGCUGCUCGUCUACAUAGCAGAAUACACCAUCAACCAAGGUGUCUCCCCAACUCUGCUCUUUCCACUCGACCAAACACCCUUCAAGCACUAUCGCGCAUUCUACCCUACCUACAACGCAAUCUACCAGGCUGGUGUGUUCAUCUCACGAUCUUCGACCCCGUUCUUCAGGAUCCACAAUCUCUACCUCCCUUCCUUUCUACAAGUCAUUAACCUGGUCGUUCUCAUCUUCCACUCUUUGUUCACCUUCAUCCCGUCCAUCUACAUCAUCUUCGCAAUCAUCUUCUGGGAAGGGUUGUUGGGCGGACUGGUCUACGUGAACACCUUUGCUGAGAUCAGCGACAAGGUGGAGAAGAAGGACCGCGAGUUCAGUCUGAGUGCGACAACGGUCAGCGAUAGUGGAGGCAUAUGUGUGGCGGGUUUCAUGAGUAUGGCCAUCGAGGUUUGGUUGUGCAAUUGGCAGGUGCGUGGCGGUCGAGACUACUGUAAAAGACUGUAG